AGUCUGGCCUUUUGACCGACGUACAUCAAACUCUCUCUUCAGCUGUUCUGAACUGUCAAACAAGAAGAAGAAGAAGAAGCUCACCCGAUCCAUACCUAUAUAUACACCUAUAUAUACGUACACACUUCCACAGAGAGAGAGAGAGAGAGAGGCAUUUCAGCUGCGCCAAAGCCCUCAUUCCUGCAAAUCUUUCUCUGGCUCUAAUCCAACGGCCACUGCAAUCUUUCCCUCCAAUCGUACGGCCACGCCUCGCCUGUCAGCUUUUCUGAAUUGGAGGAAUUUUGAAAUUUCGGCUGGAUUUUGUGGUUCGUACUUGAUAAAGUAAAGAAGCUGGGUUUUGAUAGAGGAGGCUUAUGGAGCCUAAUGGUCAUAGAAGGAGUAGCAAAAAGAAUGUUGUUUCUUUGCAAAAUGGUCACUUGGGCUCAUCAACUUCUGUUGAUGAAUUGGAUCCUUGGACUGCUUGGGCAUACAAACCGCGUACAAUUACGCUGUUACUAAUUGGUGCAUGUUUUCUCAUUUGGGCAAGUGGAGCUCUAGAUCCAGAAAGCACCUCAACUAGUGAUAUUAUUAUAUCUGUGAAAAGGGGAGUAUGGGCAAUGAUUGCAGUGUAUCUUGCUUACUCUUUACUGCAAGCCCCUUCAACAGUUCUUAUUAGACCACAUCCUGCCAUCUGGCGUCUUGUUCAUGGAAUGGCAGUCAUCUACCUUGUUUCAUUAACAUUUUUGCUUUUUCAGAAGCGUGAUGAUGCUCGCCAGUUUAUGAAAUAUCUGCAUCCCGAUCUUGGUGUUGAACUUCCUGAAAGAUCCUACGGUGGUGAUUGCAGAAUAUACAUAUCUGAAAAUACGACCAACAAGUUUAAGAAUGUUUAUGAUACUCUGUUUGAUGAGUUUGUUCUGGCUCAUAUUCUUGGGUGGUGGGGAAAAGCCAUAAUGAUUCGCAAUCAGCCUCUGUUGUGGGUCUUAUCAAUUGGCUUUGAGUUGAUGGAGCUUACCUUCCGUCAUAUGUUACCAAAUUUCAAUGAGUGCUGGUGGGAUAGCAUUGUUCUUGACAUAUUAAUCUGCAACUGGUUUGGUAUCUGGGCAGGGAUGCGAACUGUUGGGUAUUUUGAUGGCAAAACAUAUGAGUGGGUUGGUAUAAGCCGGCAGCCAAAUAUUAUAGGCAAAGUCAAACGAACACUUGGUCAAUUUACUCCGGCAUAUUGGGAUAAAGAUGAAUGGCAUCCACUUCUUGGUCCUUGGCGAUUUCUUCAAGUUCUUAGUCUUUGUGUUGUGUUCUUGACUGUAGAACUAAACACAUUCUUCCUUAAGUUUUGUCUUUGGGUACCUCCGAGAAACCCUCUGAUAAUAUACAGAUUAAUUUUAUGGUGGCUAAUUGCAAUUCCAACCAUUCGCGAGUACAAUACUUACUUGCAGGACAGAAAGCCCGUAAAAAAGGUGGGAUCGUUUUGUUGGCUUUCCCUUGCUAUCUGCAUCGUCGAACUCCUGAUCUGCAUAAAGUUUGGGCACGGAUUGUUUGACGAGCCGAUGCCCAAAUGGUUAGUUAUAUUCUGGACAUCUGCCGGGGUUGGCUUUAUCAUAUUCUUGUCAGCAUGGUCAUGGCAAUUGAUGAAGAGAAAGCGGCAAUGAGGGUUUAAUUUUGGCACGUCGGUCCCAAAUUCUUUGAUUUAUUUCUGGCGCUUCGGAUUAACUCUGUGUUGUAAAUGUUGUUUGCUGUAUAUGCAUUAUGUUGUGUUGUGUGGUUAGAUAUGAGGAUGUAGAGAGAACUCUAUUCUUUAUUUGUAGUGCCUUCUGAGAUGCAAUUUUGUUGGCUCUGAAAGGCAUAAUCUUUGUUGUUGGGAAGAUCAUAUUGUUAGCACUCUAAUUUCUUCAAUAUGAGUUCUAUUUGGUUCUUGUUUUCAA